AUGGAUUUUGGCUCCGAAACACAAGUCGCAUCUUCCAAGCGGAUGUACACCGCUCGAGCCGACAACUAUGAGGACUCUUUCCACCCCGAAUACAGCAAGCGAUUCAUGGUAGUUGCCGACGUUCAGCCCGGCGAGCGGGUACUGAGUCUUGCCUGCGGUACCGGUCUAGAGAUCUUCAUCGCGGCCGAGAAGGUGGGCGAGAGUGGUGCAAUCGUCGGUGUCGACAUCACGGAUGCCAUGCUAGCCAAAGCAAGGGAGAAGAAAGAGCGCCUCAAGACCCAAGCGAGCAUUGAGCUGUACAACCACGACAUCACGAACCUAGACACCCUACCGGAGCUUCGGGGCCAAAUGUUUGACGUGAUAGUGUGCUCUAGCGCCUUCGUCCUCCUCGAUAACCAAGAGAAAGUUGUCACUUCGUGGCAGAGCUACCUAAAGCCCGGCGGUAGAUUGGUCGUCGACAUCACCCAUGAGGACAAUCACAAGUUCGGGCUCUUGCUGGAGCGCGCGGUGAAUAGGCUGGGCAUGAGAUUUCCCAGCAACAGGAUUUGGAUCAAGGACAGGAACUCCUUCAAGGAAAUCCUGGAGAAGGCCGGAUACAAGGUUGAGAAGAUCGAGGAAAUGGAUCAGCUCACCGGGCACGGCAGUACUUACUACGGCAUUGACGAGGUAGACGAGCGGUUCGAUUGGAUUACUGGAACCUCUCUGACGAUCAAAGUGGAAACAGAGGAGUUCAAGAACAAGACCAGGGCGUUGUUUCGCGAGGAGUGGGAGAAGGACGCAGUUGAUGGCAAGGUGGAGAACGCAGAUGCUGUGUAUGUCUAUGUGGCGCGAAUCGCGUAG